UUUCCAAGUACUCAUUGCACUUGCAACUCUCACUCCCUUUCUCCUUCAUUUGCUCUCCCUAUCUCUAAUUCUCCAUACCUCAUAAUACUUCUUAGAAGUGAGAACUACUAUGAAGUCAAGAUUUGUAAGAGGGUGCCUUAACAAGUGCAAGAAAAUGGGAAGCAGAGUCAAAAUCUGUGCUGCUUGUGAGAACUGCUGCAAAUGGGCUUUGUGGUCUUCCCUGCAUGAAAGCUGCUCCAUCCCAAGUGAUGUUCCAAAGGGACACAUGGUUGUUUACGUUGGCGAGAACCGUGCGAGAUAUGUGAUCAAGAUUGCUUUGCUCCACCAUCCGCUCUUCAGGGCCUUGCUGGAUCAGGCUCAGGAAGAGUAUGAUUUCAUUGCAGAUUCAAAACUCUGCAUUCCUUGCGAUGAAAACCUCUUCAUCAACGUCCUUCGCUGCACCGGCUCCCCGCAGAACCAAAGGGUGUGUCUGUGUUUGUGAGAAUUAAAUCACUUGUUGAGAGGUUUUCGUAAUUAUCAUGCUAUUGAAAUUCUAACCAUGCUGAUAUGUAGCUAUAUUAUGUUGUAAGUAGAUUGAGAUAUUCAUCAAUUCAAGAAGAGAGGGGAUUCUGAUCUUUUA